UAAAGAAUCGAAAUUCGAGCGCUCGGUCGAUCAUCACCCAUCCCUAGUGCACUUGAAGUCAUGGUGAACACGUAGCCGGCGUUUGACGUGUCCUAGCCUCCUAGCUUAGGCAUAUAGCGAUUUGGUAAUUUGUUGCGCGCCGCUUGAAUUUUGACCGAUCGGACGGAUGUUUACGCACAUAUGGCGAGCACGUUGUGAAAAUUAACGCGGAUCUGUUACGUAUCUAUCACGUCCGUGCACGCAGAGACGACUAACAUGCUGCCGAACAAGCCGUCGUCGACGUCGCCGUCGUCGCAGUCGUCGACGUCGUCGUCGUCGUCGUCCUCCGCGACGGCGAACGCCAAGAAGGUCAUGUUCCCCGACAAGAAGCCGACGAAGCAGAUGAAAUCCUCCACGUUGACCAACGCCGCCGGCCUCAGUUCCCUCAUUACCUUCACCGUUCUCUUGCUAGCCUGGAUCUCGGGAUUCGCCUCACGGCUCUUCGCGGUUAUACGCUUCGAGAGCAUCAUACAUGAGUUCGAUCCUUGGUUCAACUACAGAGCGACCGCAUAUAUGGUGCAGCAUGGAUUCUACAAUUUUCUAAACUGGUUCGACGAGCGAGCGUGGUACCCGCUGGGUCGGAUCGUGGGUGGAACUGUUUACCCAGGACUCAUGAUCACAUCCGGCUCGAUACACUAUGUGCUGCAUUCACUCAACAUUCCAGUGCACAUAAGGGACAUAUGUGUGUUCUUAGCUCCAAUUUUUAGUGGCCUUACUGCCAUAUCCACAUAUUUAUUGACAAAGGAAAUAUGGAGCGCCGGAGCGGGCCUGUUCGCAGCAUGCUUCAUCGCCAUCGUACCCGGCUACAUCUCGCGGUCCGUGGCUGGCAGUUACGACAACGAGGGAAUCGCGAUUUUCGCCUUACAAAUCACCUAUUACCUGUGGGUCAAGUCAGUGAAGACCGGCUCAAUCUUCUGGGCAUGCAUCACUGCGCUCUCCUACUUCUACAUGGUGUCCGCAUGGGGUGGCUACGUGUUCAUCAUUAAUCUGAUUCCACUGCAUGUAUUCGCCCUGUUGAUCAUGAAUCGCUUCAGCAAUCGCCUAUUCACCAGUUACACUACAUUCUAUGUUCUCGGACUUCUAUUGAGUAUGCAGAUACCGUUCGUCGGCUUCCAGCCGAUCAGAACCUCCGAGCAUAUGGCCGCAGGCGGUGUGUUUGGUCUCCUGAUUUUCAUAGCAGCUCUUAGAUACUUAAGAACUGUACUUACCAAGUCCGAGAUGAAAUAUUUCGGUGGCGUGGUGGCCGUGACCGCGGUUAUGCUCCUGUUUGUUUUGAUUGCUCUAACAUACGCCGGUGUCGUCGCACCUUGGAGCGGAAGAUUUUAUUCGCUGUGGGACACCGGUUACGCCAAGAUACACAUACCCAUCAUAGCAUCCGUAUCGGAGCAUCAGCCGACGACGUGGUUUAGCUUUUUCUUUGACCUGCACAUUCUCGUUACGACGUUCCCGGUGGGUCUUUGGUACUGUAUCAAGCACAUCAACGAUGAGCGUGUCUUCGUCAUAUUAUACGCCAUAAGUGCCGUUUACUUCGCCGGGGUGAUGGUGAGACUCAUGCUGACCCUGACGCCUGUGGUUUGCAUGUUGGCCGGCGUGUCGUUCAGCAAGUUGCUGGAGCUGUUCCUCAAGGAGGAGGACAGGGAAGGCAACGAUCGGAACGGCAACGAGAGCGACGAGGAGAGCGAAGAAGAGAGGGAAAGGAGCCCGGGUAGAGCUUUGUACGAUAAGGCUGGCAAACUCCGCAGAAUGAAGCACGAGAGGCCGAAAGGCAGCGGCGACGCAUUAGGCGCCAAUCUCCGUAAUGCCGUGAUCAUCGGCAUACUCAUGUUGCUGAUGCUGUUCACCGUGCACUGCACGUGGGUGACCAGCAACGCGUACUCCAGUCCGUCGAUCGUGCUCGCGUCGUACAGUAACGACGGCGGCAGAGCGAUACUCGAUGACUUCCGGGAGGCUUAUUAUUGGUUGGCUCAAAAUACACCUAGCGACGCCAGAGUUAUGAGCUGGUGGGAUUAUGGAUAUCAGAUCGCCGGUAUGGCUAACAGAACUACGCUCGUGGACAAUAAUACGUGGAACAACUCGCACAUAGCACUGGUCGGCAAGGCGAUGAGUUCGAACGAAAGCGCCGCUUACGAGAUCAUGACGUCCUUAGAUGUGGAUUACGUGUUGGUGAUAUUCGGCGGAAUGAUCGGAUAUUCCGGCGACGACGUGAACAAGUUCCUGUGGAUGGUGCGUAUCGCCGAGGGCGAGCAUCCCCAGGACAUUCGCGAGAGCGACUAUUUCACGGAGAGGGGCGAGUUCCGCGUGGACUCCGAGGGUUCGCCCACUCUACUGAACUCGUUGAUGUACAAGCUGAGUUACUAUCGGUUCGGCGAUGUGAAGAUAGACUAUCGGUCGCCGUAUGGCUACGAUCGCACUCGUAACGCCGAGAUAGGCAAUAAAAAUUUCCAGUUGACGUAUUUGGAAGAAGCGUAUACCACCGAACACUGGCUCGUCAGGAUUUAUAGGGUAAAGAAACCAGCAGAGUUCAACAGACCGAGAAUCCCGAUCUCCGAACGGAUCAUCACCCGCCGUGCAAAUUCGUAUAUUAGUAAAAAGUUGAAGUUAUGGGGGGUCGGGCAUUGAUGAUGUUUCAGACUGCACGACGCAAGCGAGGUUUCAUAAAAGGCCGGCCAGUUGUUAUUAAGGGGCAGAAACCUCAACGACGAACGACGUAACGAAGAUCCGCCGGCUAUUUCGUAACGGUUUUCAAAUACAGCUUUUGUAAUAAAAAAAAAGAGAAUUACCGUCCCUUGGAUCUACCACGAAACUAUACCUCGAACUAAGAGUUUAAAUGUCAUCGGAAACAGUUCAAUUUGUUUGAAAAGAAUAGAAUACCUUAAGAUGUUUUCUUUUUUCUUUUUUUUUCUUUUUUUUAUAUCGAACAAUCAGAGAGUAAUUGAAGAUUAUUUUAACUUUAUAUUUUGUUUUCAACAGUGUUGUCGUAUCCAAUGUUCAUAUGUAAUACCAUCGUAGUCCGAUUUAUUUCUCCCCGAAGCUAGACCGUCGGUCAUCAUUUGUUAUUGCAUAAUAACAUUUGCAAGCAUCGUUUGUUGAUAUCAACAUGCUUUCAAAGUUUAGGAUAUGAAUACUUCCGAUAGAUUUACAAAUGUAUUAUUCAUUAUGGUUGGUCACAAUUGUAUAUUUUACAUUUAUCCAUAGAAGAGUUCCUCGCGUUA